AUGGCGCAACGCUCAUCGAAGAUGGCCUUGGCUGGAGCAGCUGCAGGCGGCGUGGCGCUUCUCAACAGCGCCUCAGCCUUCGUGUCCGCGCCGGCCACGGCGCAGCCGGCGCUGAGGGGGACCCCUGCAGCCCAGGCGCAGGCCCAGACUGCCAGCACCGGGUCGUCGAUGUCGACGCUGGCCGCCGGUGGUGCCGUUGCCGCGGCAGCCGUGGCGGCAGGGUCCCGGCCAGGGCGACAAGCUCGCGGCACGCCCCUGCCUACGACCGUGGUCCCCAUGAAGGAAAGCUCGGUGACCCGCCGCGCGCUGGACCAGUCCAGUCGCUACGCCGACCUGUCUCUGGAUGAGGCGACUCUGAUCAAGAAUGGCAAGCACGUGCUGGUGGCGUACAUCAUGAAGCCGAAGGCCGGGUACGACUACCUGGCCACCGCCGCCCACUUCGCCGCCGAGUCCUCCACGGGCACCAACGUGAACGUGUGCACCACGGACGACUUCACGAAGUCCGUGGAUGCCCUGGUGUACUACAUCGACCCCGACAGCGAGGAGAUGAAGAUCGCCUACCCCAACCUUCUGUUCGACCGCAACAUCAUCGAUGGUCGCGCCAUGAUGUGCUCCUUCCUGACCUUGUCCAUCGGCAACAACCAGGGUUGGGGACUCAGUGUGGGUAUGGGUGACGUCGAGUACGGUAAGAUCUACGACUUCUACCUGCCCCCUGAGUUCCUCCGCCUGUACGACGGCCCGGCCGUGAACGUGGAGGACAUGUGGCGCAUCCUGGGCAAGGGCACCAGCAACGGUGGCCUCGUGGUGGGCACCAUCAUCAAGCCCAAGCUCGGCCUGCAGCCCAAGCCAUUCGGCGAGGCCUGCUAUGCGUUCUGGCAGGGCGGCGACUUCAUCAAGAACGAUGAGCCCCAGGGCAACCAGGUGUUCUGCCAGAUGAACGAGGUCAUCCCAGAGGUUGUGAAGGCCAUGAGGGCGUGCAUCAAGGAGACUGGUGUGGGCAAGCUCUUCUCUGCCAACAUCACCGCGGAUGAUCCCAACGAGAUGAUUGCCCGCGGCAAGUACUGUCUGUCCCAGUUCGGACCUCUGUCCGAGAACUGCGCGUUCUUGGUGGACGGCUAUGUGGCUGGAGGCACGGCCGUGACCUGCGCCCGCCGCAACUUCCCAGGACAGUUCCUGCACUACCACCGUGCCGGACAUGGAUCCGUGACCAGCCCCCAGACCCAGCGUGGUUACACCGCCUUCGUGCACACCAAGAUCUCCCGAGUCAUCGGUGCGUCCGGCAUCCACACCGGCACCAUGAGCUUUGGCAAGAUGGAGGGCGAUGCCUCAGACAAGAACAUCGCCUUCAUGCUGCAAGACGACGCGGCCGAUGGCCCCUACUACCACCAGCCGUGGGAGGGCAUGAAGCAGACCACUCCCAUCAUCUCCGGCGGCAUGAACGCCCUGCGCCUGCCGGCCUUCUUCGAGAACCUGGGACACUCCAACGUGAUCCUGACCGCCGGUGGCGGCUCCUUCGGCCACAAGGAUGGCCCCAAGCCGGGUGCCGUCUCCUGCCGCCAGGGUGAGGAGGCCUGGAAGGCCUGGAAGUCCGGACAGUACGGCAACAUCAGCCUGAGCGAUGGCGUGAUCGAGUUCGCCAAGACCCACGAGGAGAUCAAGGGUGCCUUCCUCACCUUCCAGAAGGAUGCGGACCAGAUCUACCCGGGCUGGAAGGAGAAGCUCGGCUACACCGGCGAGUCGUCCGUGCAGGCGGCCAGCUUCGACUGGGCCAAGAAGGCCUCCGCCGCCGCCUUCGUGGGUGCCAGCGUGGCCCCUGCCAAGAAGGAGAGCAGCAUCUCGCGCAAGGCCCUGGACCAGUCCAGCCGCUAUGCGGACCUGUCGUUGGACGAGGCGACCCUCAUCAAGAAUGGCAAGCACGUGCUGGUGGCGUACAUCAUGAAGCCGAAGGCCGGGUACGACUACCUGGCCACCGCCGCCCACUUCGCCGCCGAGUCCUCCACGGGCACCAACGUGAACGUGUGCACCACGGACGACUUCACGAAGUCCGUGGAUGCCCUGGUGUACUACAUCGACCCCGACAGCGAGGAGAUGAAGAUCGCCUACCCCAACCUGUUGUUCGACCGCAACAUCAUCGAUGGCCGCGCCAUGAUGUGCUCCUUCCUGACCCUGUCCAUCGGCAACAACCAGGGUAUGGGUGACGUCGAGUACGGUAAGAUCUACGACUUCUACCUGCCCCCUGAGUUCCUCCGCCUGUACGAUGGCCCGGCCGUGAACGUGGAGGACAUGUGGCGCAUCCUCGGCAAGGGCACCAGCAACGGUGGCCUUGUGGUGGGCACCAUCAUCAAGCCCAAGCUCGGCCUGCAGCCCAAGCCAUUCGGCGAGGCCUGCUAUGCGUUCUGGCAGGGCGGCGACUUCAUCAAGAACGAUGAGCCCCAGGGCAACCAGGUGUUCUGCCAGAUGAACGAGGUCAUCCCAGAGGUUGUGAAGGCCAUGAGGGCGUGCAUCAAGGAGACCGGCGUGGGCAAGCUGUUCUCUGCCAACAUCACUGCAGAUGAUCCCAACGAGAUGAUUGCCCGCGGCAAGUACUGCUUGUCCCAGUUCGGGCCUCUGUCCGAGAACUGCGCGUUCUUGGUAGAUGGCUACGUGGCUGGAGGCACGGCCGUGACCUGCGCCCGCCGCAACUUCCCAGGACAGUUCCUGCACUACCACCGUGCCGGACAUGGAUCCGUGACCAGCCCCCAGACCCAGCGUGGUUACACCGCCUUCGUGCACACCAAGAUCUCCCGAGUCAUCGGUGCGUCCGGCAUCCACACCGGAACCAUGAGCUUCGGCAAGAUGGAGGGCGAUGCCUCGGACAAGAACAUCGCCUUCAUGCUGCAGGACGACGCGGCCGAUGGCCCCUACUACCACCAGCCAUGGGAGGGCAUGAAGCAGACCACUCCCAUCAUCUCCGGCGGCAUGAACGCCCUGCGCCUGCCGGCCUUCUUCGAGAACCUGGGACACUCCAACGUGAUCCUGACCGCCGGCGGUGGCUCUUUCGGCCACAAGGAUGGCCCCAAGCCGGGCGCCGUCUCCUGCCGCCAGGGUGAGGAGGCCUGGAAGGCCUGGAGGUCAGGACAGUACGGCAACAUCAGCCUGAGCGAUGGCGUGAUCGAGUUCGCCAAGACCCAUGAGGAGAUCAAGGGUGCCUUCCUCACCUUCCAGAAGGAUGCGGACCAGAUCUACCCUGGCUGGAAGGAGAAGCUCGGCUACACCGGCGAGUCGUCCGUGCAGGCGGCCAGCUUCGACUGGGCCAAGAAGGCCUCCGCCGCCGCCUUCGUGGGUGCCAGCGUGGCCCCUGCCAAGAAGGAGAGCAGCAUCUCGCGCAAGGCCCUUGAUCAGUCCAGCCGCUAUGCGGACCUGUCCCUGGAUGAGGCGACUCUCAUCAAGAGACCCAGCUGCAGGAACGGCAAGCACGUGCUGGUGGCGUACAUCAUGAAGCCGAAGGCCGGGUACGACUACCUGGCCACCGCCGCCCACUUCGCCGCCGAGUCCUCCACGGGCACCAACGUGAACGUGUGCACCACGGACGACUUCACGAAGUCCGUGGAUGCCCUGGUGUACUACAUCGACCCCGACAGCGAGGAGAUGAAGAUCGCCUACCCCAACCUGUUGUUCGACCGCAACAUCAUCGAUGGCCGCGCCAUGAUGUGCUCCUUCCUGACCCUGUCCAUCGGCAACAACCAGGGUUGGGGACUCAGUGUGGGUAUGGGUGACGUCGAGUACGGUAAGAUCUACGACUUCUACCUGCCCCCUGAGUUCCUCCGCCUGUACGACGGCCCGGCCGUGAACGUGGAGGACAUGUGGCGCAUCCUCGGCAAGGGCACCAGCAACGGUGGCCUUGUGGUGGGCACCAUCAUCAAGCCCAAGCUCGGCCUGCAGCCCAAGCCAUUCGGCGAGGCCUGCUACGCGUUCUGGCAGGGCGGCGACUUCAUCAAGAACGAUGAGCCCCAGGGCAACCAGGUGUUCUGCCAGAUGAACGAGGUCAUCCCAGAGGUUGUGAAGGCCAUGAGGGCGUGCAUCAAGGAGACCGGCGUGGGCAAGCUCUUCUCUGCCAACAUCACCGCGGAUGAUCCCAACGAGAUGAUUGCCCGCGGCAAGUACUGCUGCACGGCCGUGACCUGCGCCCGCCGCAACUUCCCAGGACAGUUCCUGCACUACCACCGUGCCGGACAUGGAUCCGUGACCAGCCCCCAGACCCAGCGUGGUUACACCGCCUUCGUGCACACCAAGAUCUCCCGAGUCAUCGGCGCGUCCGGCAUCCACACCGGCACCAUGAGCUUCGGCAAGAUGGAGGGCGAUGCCUCAGACAAGAACAUCGCCUUCAUGCUGCAGGACGACGCGGCCGAUGGCCCCUACUACCACCAGCCUUGGGAGGGCAUGAAGCAGACGACUCCCAUCAUCUCCGGCGGCAUGAACGCCCUGCGCCUGCCGGCCUUCUUCGAGAACCUGGGACACUCCAACGUGAUCCUGACCGCCGGUGGCGGCUCCUUCGGCCACAAGGAUGGCCCCAAGCCGGGUGCCGUCUCCUGCCGCCAGGGUGAGGAGGCCUGGAAGGCCUGGAAGUCCGGACAGUACGGCAACAUCAGCCUGAGCGAUGGCGUGAUCGAGUUCGCCAAGACCCACGAGGAGAUCAAGGGUGCCUUCCUCACCUUCCAGAAGGAUGCGGACCAGAUCUACCCGGGCUGGAAGGAGAAGCUCGGCUACACCGGCGAGUCGUCCGUGCAGGCGGCCAGCUUCGACUGGGCCAAGAAGGCCUCCGCCGCCGCCUUCGUGGGUGCCAGCGUGGCCCCUGCCAAGAAGGAGAGCAGCGUCUCGCGCAAGGCCCUGGACCAGUCCAGCCGCUAUGCGGACCUGUCGUUGGACGAGGCGACCCUCAUCAAGAGACCCAGCUGCAGUCAAGAUAUGUCAAACUGCAUGAAGUGCAGCAUGCGGCAACAUGUAAAGUCGAUCUCGAAUGGCAAGCACGUGCUGGUGGCGUACAUCAUGAAGCCGAAGGCCGGGUACGACUACCUGGCCACCGCCGCCCACUUCGCCGCCGAGUCCUCCACGGGCACCAACGUGAACGUGUGCACCACGGACGACUUCACGAAGUCCGUGGAUGCCCUGGUGUACUACAUCGACCCCGACAGCGAGGAGAUGAAGAUCGCCUACCCCAACCUGUUGUUCGACCGCAACAUCAUCGAUGGCCGCGCCAUGAUGUGCUCCUUCCUGACCCUGUCCAUCGGCAACAACCAGGGUAUGGGUGACGUCGAGUACGGUAAGAUCUACGACUUCUACCUGCCCCCUGAGUUCCUCCGCCUGUACGACGGCCCGGCCGUGAACGUGGAGGACAUGUGGCGCAUCCUCGGCAAGGGCACCAGCAACGGUGGCCUUGUGGUGGGCACCAUCAUCAAGCCCAAGCUCGGCCUGCAGCCCAAGCCAUUCGGCGAGGCCUGCUACGCGUUCUGGCAGGGCGGCGACUUCAUCAAGAACGAUGAGCCCCAGGGCAACCAGGUGUUCUGCCAGAUGAACGAGGUCAUCCCAGAGGUUGUGAAGGCCAUGAGGGCGUGCAUCAAGGAGACCGGCGUGGGCAAGCUGUUCUCUGCCAACAUCACCGCGGAUGAUCCCAACGAGAUGAUUGCCCGCGGCAAGUACUGCCUGUCCCAGUUCGGACCCCUGUCCGAGAACUGCGCGUUCUUGGUAGAUGGUUACGUGGCUGGAGGCACGGCCGUGACCUGCGCCCGCCGCAACUUCCCAGGACAGUUCCUGCACUACCACCGUGCCGGACAUGGAUCCGUGACAAGCCCCCAGACGCAGCGUGGUUACACCGCCUUCGUGCACACCAAGAUCUCCCGAGUCAUCGGUGCGUCCGGCAUCCACACCGGAACCAUGAGCUUCGGCAAGAUGGAGGGCGAUGCCUCGGACAAGAACAUCGCCUUCAUGCUGCAGGACGACGCGGCUGAUGGCCCCUACUACCACCAGCCGUGGGAGGGCAUGAAGCAGACCACUCCCAUCAUCUCCGGCGGCAUGAACGCCCUGCGCCUGCCGGCCUUCUUCGAGAACCUUGGACACUCCAACGUGAUCCUGACCGCUGGUGGCGGCUCCUUCGGCCACAAGGAUGGCCCCAAGCCGGGCGCCGUCUCCUGCCGCCAGGGCGAGGAGGCCUGGAAGGCCUGGAGGUCCGGACAGUACGGCAACAUCAGCCUGAGCGAUGGCGUGAUCGAGUUCGCCAAGACCCACGAGGAGAUCAAGGGUGCCUUCCUCACCUUCCAGAAGGAUGCGGACCAGAUCUACCCGGGCUGGAAGGAGAAGCUCGGCUACACCGGCGAGUCGUCCGUGCAGGCGGCCAGCUUCGACUGGGCCAAGAAGGCUCCAUGA